AUCAUUAAUUUGAACAAAAGUUGCGUGUUUAUCCGUUUGCUGCUUGAUUUUGUUGUUCUAAUUCUCUGAUAGAAUGGGGAAGACGAGCUUAUUCAAGGACGAAUUUACUUUUGAGCAAAGAGCUGAAGAAUCUGCUGAUAUUAUUGCCAAAUAUCCAGACCGUGUUCCUGUAAUUGUUGAGAGGUAUUCCAGAACUGACCUUCCUGAAAUGGAUAAGAAAAAAUAUCUGGUUCCUGGAGAUAUGUCGGUUGGACAAUUCAUACAUGUUUUGAGCACAAGGCUUCGAAUGACACCCGGAAUAGCUCUUUUUGUAUUUGUUGACAAUACCUUGCCCCAGACAGCUACUCUAAUGAAUUCUGUUUACGAAUCCUUCAAGGACGACGAUGGAUUUCUAUACAUGUGUUACAGCAGUGAGAAAACCUUUGGGCAUGAUAGCGAUUUUUACCUGUAACGUUUCAAUGAUGUUGUUGUACAGUCAUGGAAUUAUCUGUUAACAGUAUUGAUUUGUGAAUGGAGUCAUGCUUCAAUAAUGAUAAAUGCGUGCGUAUACGAUUGCCUUAUAAAAGAAAUGAGAGUCUAAUUCUA